AUGAAUUCAAUGCUGCAAACAGACUUCAAGCUUUCUGAUGUCGAGAUAUCUGACGCACAGGAUAUUGGACAUCAUGUCGAAGUACCCGCUAUGCAAAAUGGUCCAUUAUACCGGACCAUGUUUCCUCAGUUCAACACACUCAUAGAAGCACAAAGGGAACAAAUAACUCGCUGGUAUAUCGAGAUGUUAGAAAAUGCUUUCCAAGCCCGGGAGGAAAGAUUUUUAAAGGUAUGUUCCGUUAAUGGAACUCCAGUCGGGUUUUGCGGUUGGACUGUUAUAGAGCAGAGCUAUGACCGGCAACAAACGGGUGAACCGAGAAAGAAAGAGAGAGAAAAGGCUCGGAAGGCAUCCUGGCUACCGGAUACACUUGAUAUAGAUGGCUGGGUUGCUCUAUCAAACGAUUUAAAAGCAGAACGCUAUCGGGUUUUAAAGGAUCUUGAUAAUAUAUGCCGACUAACAUUUAUGGCGGUACAUCCAAAGUAUCAACGACAAGGGAUAGGUUCAAUGAUGAUGCAGCGCAUUUGUAAAGAAACGGAUCAGCAAGGACGAUGUGGAUAUGUACUCGCGGCGCCGGAGGGGGUCCCACUCUAUUCAAAGUUUGGUUUCGAGAUUGUAGGUCAUGUUGAGACGACUCAUGGUACAAUCACAAGCAUGUUUCGGCCAUCUCAGGGUCCUUGUUAA